AUGAAGCUCACCGCCCUCCUCACCUUCCUCUGCGCGUCCACCACGCUCGCCGCUUCGAACUACGUCCUGCAAGUCGACGGCAGCAUUAAAGCCUACGACGUCGUAGAAGGCGACCUACAAGCCCGCCAGCAGUUCGAGAGCUGCUGCGCGACCAAAUUCGUGCCGCCGUGCGGCUGUGAGAAGAAGAAGAAGGACAUUGCUAACAGUGCCGUGUAG